AUGCCACACGUUGCUUGGGAGAAUCGGGCGGCUGCCAAACGGGCCAGCGUGCAGAAAGCUAUUCCAACGCCAUGGCGAGUCAGCCCCGAUCAGAUACCACGCCGGCAAGAUCGUCUGCCAAUUCUCGAUGUUCCCCGGAAAUACCUGUCCGAGGACGAGUUGAUAAUUACGGAGACUGCUCCCUUGGACACGCUGGCCAAUAUACAUGCGGGGAUCUGGUCCAGCGAGGACGUUGUUCGUGCUUACUGCCAUAGGGCUGCCGUUUGUCACCAAUUUUCCAACUGUCUUACGGAGGUGUUAUUCGAGGAAGCCAUCAAGACGGCGAGAGAACUGGACCAGUACCGCCGUGAGAAAGGGUGCUUGCAGGGCCCGCUCCAUGGCCUCCCAAUCAGUUUCAUGGACCGCUUUCGGGUUUCUGGGACAGAAACAGCCGCAGGCUUUAUCUCGUGGCUCGGGCCUAAGGAGACUGAGGCCACCGAGUCGCUCAGUGUUCGUCAUAUGCGGACACUGGGCGCCAUCCCCUUCUGCAAGACUAACGUCCCUCAAAGCAUGUCAUUGGCAGAGACCACCAACAAUAUACACGGAAGUACCCGUAAUCCACAUUCAGGGCUUCUCUCCAGCGGUGGUGCUGCAGGAGGGGAGGGCGCAUUGCUUGCGAUGAAAGGCUCUCCAUUUGGAUGGGCCACCGAGUUUGCCGGAUCAGCCCGCAUUCCAGCGGCAUUUAAUGGUCUGUUCAGCCUCAAGGUUUCCUCCGGACGAUUGCCAACGCUCGGCAUUGCCUCAAGUGACUCAAGUCUGCCGUCGAGGAAUUUCACCAUAGCCAUGAUGUCAUGGGACUUCCCUUUACUGCGACACAUGGCAAGGCUAUGCCUCGGAGCCGCUGCGUACGAUGAAGAUCCCACGUGGGUCGACAUGCCGUGGAGGGAAGCCAAAAUCAGAGAGCUGAUGCCUAGACGCCCGACAUUUGCUGUCCUGGAAUGCGAUGGCAACGUCCAGCCACAGCCGCCUAUUCGACGAGCUUUGAGGUCGAUUGUUCACGCGUUACGGCGAGCAGACUAUCAUGUCCUGGGGUGGAACCCCCCACCCCAUGCAGCAGCGGUACAGGCUUACUUCAAAACCAUAGGCGCCGACGGUGCGCAAGCAACGCGACAGCACAUCAAAGAGGGUGGAGAGCCGCCCGUGCCAAUGCUAAGGGAGUGGUAUUUUCAGGAUACCACUGAGCCACUACCUCUGCCAGAGUAUUUGACUUUGAUUAGAUCACUCCGGAAGUACCAGGCAGAGUAUCAAAAGCUCUGGAAGUCGACUGGAAAGAGCACCAUCAAUGGCAUUCCGGUCGAUGCAGUUAUUAUGCCCGUCUGUGCGAAUGCGGCGUGCUAUGAGAAUACGUUGACAUAUUUUGGGUAUAGUGCGAUUGUCAACGUUCUCGACUUCCCAGCAGUCUCGUUCCCAGCCGGUUCCGUCGAUAAAACCCUCGACGCCAAAACCAGCUCAUUCGUCCCGCUGAGCCCAGAAGACAACUCCGUAAACGCCUCAUAUAACAGCUCCGCAUUUCACGGGGCGCCCAUAGGUCUCCAGCUCAUGUGCCGGAGGUUUGAAGAAGAAAAGGCGAUCAGACUCGUCGAGCUCGUUCUCCAGGCACAGGCCGCCUUCCAGGCAUGA